CCCUUCCACGUCGUGUUCAUUCUGUGGUUCCGCUGAUGAAACUGCGUCUCAUUUUUUCUUCAGUUGUUAUCACAAAGCCGCGCUGUGGACAAUGGCUCUCCAUAAGUUUUUUCCUGAGUUAUCCUGCUCGCUUACUCAAAUUGAACAGUCAAUGCUAACCAUUGCAGUAUCUCAUAUAAACACUACACCCGAUACUCUCAGCUCAAUUGUCUCAAGUAUCUCGCUUUUAUCGCUGUUCGGCUGCACUCUUCAAGUCAUAUGGCAAUCACAUUGGCAAAAGGUAUUUUACGAUACACAUUUCACUUGUCAAACGAUGCCCGCUUCUCUUGAACAAAUGGUAUUCCGCUUACGCCAUGAAAACAGCUACACUUUUGAUUAAGGAACUUUAAUUCUCACUAAACACUACUCACCAUUUGCAUAUUUCAAAAAAAAAUC